AUGCCACGUACUCGUUCUUCUUAUAAUACACAACUUAAAAAGAAUAGAGUUAAUAUUAUUAACUACAAGUUGAGCGACAAAAAAUACGAGAUACCUUUUACAGAUAAAAAAGGAAAAAAAGAUAUAAACAUUUACGUUGAUCCGUACAAAGAACAUAAAAAUAGAAGCUUAAAUAAUAAAAAAUAUGAUUUAUGUGGUCAAAAGCUGUUCAAAAAAAGCUCUAUUCAAAUUAUUUUCUAUACUUAUGUCGUUGGUACGAAUAAAAAUCUUCCUAGUUCGGAAGCACGAUACCAAGAGGUUGAAAUAACGGAAGAUGAUCUUAUUUACGAUAUUUUAAGAAAAAUGGACCGCCUAUAUCUCUUACUAUACAAAGUAACUAUUCAGCUCGCACCGAAUAAUAAAUUCAAUCCUAAAGAGACCAUCACUACUACCACCGAAUUAAAUGCAUGGGAUAAAUGUAAUCGCUGGGGUACACAUUUUGAAUCACAAUGCCGUGAUAAUGAAAUUAGCUAUGCUACCGGGAGUUUGAUUCUUGAUAAUCAAAUUAGGCCGGAAACUUUGUUUAGAUGGGCCAUUCAAGCUGGUUGGAUGGUGGCCUAUUAG